CCCCCGAGGAGGGCGGCGUAGGCCCCGCGGGUGCCGCUCGGCGCCGGCUGCCGGGCCAGCGCUCGGCUAACGGCUCCGCCCCGCUGGGGCCGCGGCGGGAAGGGCACCUGUGAUGGACCGCGGCUGACGGGAGGGCCCCGGGUGUCGCCGGGCCUUGGGCUGCUCUCAGCCCCUGCUGCGCCCCCGCCUCGCCCGUGGGGUCCGAGCCCGGCGCUGUGAGGGGGGGCUGCUGUGCGGCUCUCGGGUGCUUCUUCUGUGCUUGGCUAAGCUGAGGGUGAAGAUUCUCUUUAACUUUGAUUACUUACAAGUGAUAGUUCUUCAUCAUGGCUGAACUAUCACCUGAAGAAAUACAGCUGAGGGCCAACCAAGUCACUGAUGAGUCCUUGGAAAGCACAAGGAGGAUUCUUGGCUUGGCCAUUGAGUCCCAGGAUGUAGGCAUCAAGACUAUCACCAUGCUGGAUGAACAGGGAGAACAGCUAAAUCGCAUAGAAGAAGGCAUGGAGCGGAUAAACAAGGACAUGAGAGAAGCUGAGAAGACACUGACAGAGCUCAACAAGUGUUGUGGCCUCUGUGUCUGUCCUUGUAACAGGGCGAAGAACUUUGAGUCUAGCAGGGCAUACAAAUCAACUUGGGGAGAUGGCAUGGAGAACUCGGCAGAUCAUGUGGUAUCCAUGCAACCAAGAAGUGUAAAUCAUCAACAGCCUCAGACUUCUGGAGGAUCAAGUGGCGGAUAUAUUACACGGAUAACAAAUGAUGCCAGAGAAGAUGAAAUGGAUGAAAAUCUUACUCAAGUAGGAAACAUUCUUGGGAAUUUGAAAAAUAUGGCUUUGGAUAUGGGCAAUGAGAUUGAUGCCCAGAAUAAACAAAUAGACCGGAUAAAUGUAAAGGCAGAUACAAACAAGGAUCGCAUUGAGCAAGCCAACAUCAGAGCCAAGAAACUCAUUGACAAUUGAAGCCUGCUGUCAUUGUUCAGUGACACUGUCUCUCCAGCUGCAAACCACCAUAUUCAUGGAUCUGUGAAACUUCUAUUCUGAAAUAAGAGGGGCUGGGAAAUAUGAAGCAGUACCCUUUCUAUAGGGAUUCUUUCUUUCUCUUUUUUCUUUUUUUGUUAUUGCUUCAUGUAGACUUGGCCUUGAUUCCAAGAAAGCAGCCAGCAUAACUUCCUCCUCCUCAUCUGCCUUCACUUUCUUCAAAUUGCUCAGGGCUAAAAGUGUCAUGGCUUUGAGAAUGUUCAUGCUUGUUUUAUUCCCCCUCCCCAGUCUAUUUUCCUGCCCCCAAAAUAUAGCUCCUUAUUCAAGCAGAAUAAGCAGGUUAACCUGAAUUCAGUUGUUGAAAGUUGGAGAGGGCACUUUACACAGUUUAAAAUACCUCAUAAGUUGAGUGUCUUCACUAAAAUAGGGAUUUGGUGAGUAUUGUCUGACUUGUAUCUCUAGCUGGCUAACGAUAGUUUUACUCUCCAAACCACAUACAAAUGGUUUGGGGUUGAGUUAGUGUACUGCAAAAUUUGUUAUAGCCUUCUAGUUACUACUUUUGGGUUGAGGGCUUUAAAACACUUUCUAAACACAAACUUUAAUGUAAAGGUAACUGGAGGGAUAUACAGGUUUCCAUUUCUUUACUUUAAAGUGACAUUGAUUUAGAGGCCAUGAUAAAUUAUGCUGCACUGUUCUGGUAAUUUGUGUUGUGUGUAUAAUGAUCCAAACACCAUGCACAUGUGAGUAGAAGAAAAUAAAUCACCUCCCUAGGAAGUAUUUAUUCAAUGGAAAAUUUUACACCCAUCCAAAUAUUAAUCUUUAAAUGAGUGAUGCAAUGUAACUAGUAGAAAAGCAUGCAGCUUUCUCACAUCCCAUAUCAGAUUCUAUCUUAGUUUUUACUGGAAUUCAGUUUAUGCCUUUCUUCAGUGCAAUAUUAAAAUAGUACUACUGCAGUGACUGAGACCUGGUGCAGACUUUGUUCUCAGCAGUGACUUUGUGGGGAGCUUCUUAAACCUACCGAAAACAGAAAGAGGGGAAGCUUAUUACAAGUGAUUUUUUUUUUUUCUUGUCACAAGUCUGGAGGAAGCAUUACCCCUUCAGGAAGAACUAUGUGCUAGUUCUAAAUAAACUAGUUCAAAAUAGAUUGCUGACUGGUUUAUUAUUGCAGAUUUGGGACUGGCAAUUGGAAAUAUUCCAAAUUAAAGUUGCCUGCAACUAAAAUAUUCUUAGUCUUCUGCAGAAUAGAGGAAUCUCUGACCAGGUGGGGUGAGAUAAAGCUUUCUUCCUAUGAAGAGGAAAACAUUUUUUCAUUAUAAACAACCAGAUUUAUUCCCAAGACUUUCUUGAUUUUUUUUUUGACAAGUAAAUCACAAGUGACCCAUAUUGAUGGGUGGAGUUAGCUAUGUAUUAUGCCUGUAUUGAAACCGAAAAUGAUACUUUGGUUAAACCUGCAAUAGUGAAUGGAGGAUGGAGGAAAAAAAAUCUCCAAACCAAAUUGACUGGCAGAAUAACUAAUAGCAUACAUGGGAUUUUUUUUUUUUUUAGAAGGACAGUCUACAAGUAUCCUAUAGCCAUUAGCAGAAAAUGCUGGAGCUAGUGAGAUGAGACUAAUUUGCUGAAAUGUCAGAUGAAAAAAUGUUAAACAUUAUUGUGUUUUCUUUUCAGUAGUAAUACAAUCAGUGUAGCUAGUAUAUUCUCAACUUAAUCCCAGGACAACUUGAGAAUUAGAUUUAAAAAAAAAAAAUUCCUGACCAAAGAAUAGAACUGCUGCAUGUAAUAAAUAGGCCAGUGGUAGACUGUCUAUUGUGAAUAAGGUAAAUUAAGUCAAUUUUAGGGGACUGGAUACUUUAGAAGCACCUCCUGGCUUCUAUCUGUCUUCCAGUAAUUCUUGGAAAACUAGUAGAUUUUAGAAAUGGGUUAUCUACCUUCAUUAGUAAUGAAGGCUAUAUGCUUAAAAACACAGAUAGCAAAAAGCACUUGUAACAACAUUGCAUAAUAAACUUCUAAAAACCUCUUGUAUGGCAAAGCAUAGGGGAUUUGAAUGCAAUUUUUUCCUCCUUACAAACUUCAAGUUAAUUGAAAGAAUGCUGCUGAUUGUGAAAGCAAAGCAUAUGUAUUUAAUUGUGAUUGUCUCCUGGAACAGAAGACUAAAGCAGUUACCUUAUUCUGCCUAGAACAAUGCAGAUCUGCUCUUUAGCUUCUUGAAACACCUUGAAAUGUUUUUCUCUCUUGCUACUGCAAGUCUAUUUUCUUGGCUUCCCUGAGCAAUAACCACAAAUUAGUGCAUUGGCUAAGAGAAUGCCAUGACUGGUAUAUGGAAUCUUAAUAUUGCAAUGAACAACUCACAGAAAUAAUUUCUGAGACUCUAAGCUUGAGUAUUAGCUGAAUGUAAAUACUGUUUUCUGAGGCAGCAAGAGCUGAACCCUUGAGGGAGUUGGUGCCUUAACGUUCCAGAACAACAGUCUGCUUCUUGGAUUGUCUUACUGUUGUUUGUAGAAUAGAUGCUUAAAUUCCUUAUCUCCUGGACAGAAUCAACACUUGUGCAUCUCUAAGUGUAUUUCUGAAUGCUAUUAAGAAUGAAGGUUUACAGUUUCUGCUUUUGAUUGUGUUUAUAUGUUGUGCACAACAAAAUACAGACUUUUAUAAUUGAA